ACCCACACUGUCAUGUUCCUCUUCCGUCCUCCAUGCGCUGUCAGUCUGUAAAUAUCUAACCUGUCUAACGUCACAGACGUUGUGUGACAACAGUGAAUUUGUUCCGUGUCUUCAUAUAAAGUUAAUCUAACUUGUUUGCAGAGGAAACCCUGGUCAUGGCAUUAAGGAGUGUUAGUCGUCUGCUUGUGAACAAUCAGAGAUGUUUCCUCUUCACUGCAAUGAGAACACAGGGAACUGCAGCCACUGCUUCACAGGAUGGAGAGAAGGCUGGGGAAAAGAAGCAAGUGAAAACACCUAAAGUGCAGUUUAACUGGCGAGAUGCUUUGGAUCUGGAGGGUCUUCUGACGGAUGAGGAGAUCAUGAUCAGAGACUCUUUUCGCGCCUACUGUCAGGAGAAACUCAUGCCACGCAUCAUAAUGGCCAACAGAAAUGAAGUGUUUCAUCGGGAGAUUGUGUCUGAGAUGGGGGAACUGGGAGUUUUAGGCCCAACCAUUAAAGGUUACGGCUGUGCUGGUACAAGUUAUGUGGCGUACGGUCUCAUCGCUCGUGAGGUGGAGAGAGUGGACAGCGGCUAUCGUUCGGUCAUGAGUGUUCAAUCAUCACUGGUCAUGCACCCCAUCAAUGCUUAUGGCACUGAAGAACAAAAGGAGAAAUACCUCCCGAAACUGGCACGAGGAGAGAUUCUAGGUUGUUUUGGACUGACUGAACCAAACCACGGCAGUGACCCGAGCGGCAUGGAGACCAGGGCAAAAUACAACCCAUCCAGUCGCACCUUCACCCUCACCGGCUCCAAGACCUGGAUUACAAACUCACCGGUGGCCGAUAUCUGCGUGGUGUGGGCCAAAUGUGAUGACGGGAAGGUACGUGGUUUCAUCUUGGAACGUGGCAUGAAGGGGCUCUCCACCCCCAAGAUCGAGGGCAAGUUCUCCCUGCGGGCGUCGGCCACUGGCAUGAUCAUCAUGGACGAGGUGGAAGUUCCAGAAGAAAACUUGCUGCCCAAAGUUUCAGGCCUGGGGGGCCCGUUUGGCUGUCUGAAUAAUGCUCGCUAUGGCAUUGCAUGGGGAGCUCUGGGGGCCGCAGAGUUUUGUUUCCAUGCUGCUCGAGAGUACACACUGGACAGAAUCCAGUUUGGAGUUCCUCUAGCCAGAAACCAGCUGAUCCAGAAGAAGAUGGCAGAUAUGCUGACAGAGAUCUCCAUCGGCCUGCAGUCAUGUCUGCAACUGGGCAGAUUGAUUGAUGAGAAAAAAGCAGCCCCAGAGAUGAUCUCAAUGCUGAAGAGGAACUCCUGUGGUAAAGCCCUGGAGAUAGCAAGACAGGCCCGAGAUAUGCUGGGAGGAAACGGCAUUGCAGACGAGUACCACAUCAUUCGGCACGUCCUGAAUCUGGAAGCCGUCAACACUUAUGAAGGUACCCAUGAUAUCCACGCUCUGAUCCUGGGCCGAGCCAUCACUGGACUGCAGUCCUUUACGGUGGAAAAAUAAAACACGCAAUGGACAGAUCAUGUACACUGAAUGUUGCUGCCUUUUACUGAUAACCCAUAUAGUUACUGGAAGCAAUUUAGGGUUUGCAUCAUUUACCACUACAACUUCUUUGAAGUCUUUAAUAAUGAAAAAAUCUAAAUCUGGUGAUCAAAGGUGGAAAAACUUAGAAGUAUUUUAUUUAAAGGGAUAGUUCACCCAAAAAUGAACAUUCUCUCAUCAUUUACUCACCCUUAUGCCAUCCCAGAUGUGUAUGACUUACUUUCUUUUUUAGAGGAAUAUUUCAGCUCUGUAGGUCCAUAUAAUGCAAGUGAAUGGGUGCCUAAAUUUUAACGCUCCAAAAAGCACAUAAAGGCAGCAUAAAAGUAAUCCAUAAGACUCCAGUGGUUAAAUCCAUGUCCUCAGAAGGGAUAUGAUAGGUGUGGGUGAGAAACAGAUCAAUAUUUAAGUCCAUUUUUGCUAGAAUUUCAUAUGCAUGAAGAAUGUGAAUCAACAAAAACACAAGAAGAAGAAUGUGAAAGUUAAAGUGGAGGUUGACUGGGCAGGGAGGAGAAUUUAUAGUAAAAAAGCAUUUAAAUAUUGAUCUGUUUCUCACCCACACCUAUCAUAUCCCUUCUGAGGACAUGGAUUAAACCACUGGAGUCAUAUGGAUUACUUUUAUGUGGACUUAUGUGAUUUUUGGAGCUUCAAUAUACUUGCAUCCAUUCACUUGCAUUGUAUGGACCAAAACAGCUGAGAACUUCUGAAAAUCUUCAUUUGUGUUCAGCAGAAGAAAGAAAGUCAUACACAUCUGGGAUGGCAUGAGGGUGAGUAAAUGAUGAGAAUUUUCAUCUUUCGGUGAACUAUCCCUUUAAGUCCUUUACGUCAUUUUUGAAUGUCAUUAUAUAGUCCCAUGUCAAAAAGCUGUUUUCCUGUGUUCCAGAAGUUUUAUUUAAGUAGGUUUGUAAAGAAAAGCGCAGGAAAGGUUGAAAAGUGCAUGUUUGUAUGUUUUUGCAUUACUAUGUAUAGAAAUGUAAUAAAGCUAUUCACUCAGGCAGUGUUACACUAUAAACAUCAUUUUAACGCAUUUCAAUUUCAUAAAAGUCUAUCAAAUUGAAUUGAGUAAUCUUCAAAAAAUAAAAUAUUUUUUAAAGAAUUUAAUUUUGUUAACAUUUCACAAUUCAAUAUGAGGGAAUUGUGUUACGAAAUUGAAACGCGUAAAUCUUAAAAAUAGGCAAAAAUAUAUUUUUUUGAGUGUAAAACUGUAUUUGAAGCUGGUGAAUAAACUGUAAUAUAAAAUAUA